AUGAGGUUACAACAUACACGGGCGUCCGCCCUGCUUUUGCUUCUCCCAGCGAUACAGGUCAUUGCCACCUCAGUUGCCGCAGCGGAUGAGAAGCCUGUUGCGAGAGCCGCCGUUCCCGCAUACCAAGACGUCAGCACCUCGCCCACCCCUUCCCUCGUACCAACGCCUAACGGGAAGGGCACCAAAGAUGCGCCAUUUGAUGGGCAGGACGGGAUGCCGCACGAAGGCCCGUAUAUCAACGAUGAUCCGAGUCCGACGAAAAAGAAGCCAGCAAUUGUGGAAGAACUAGGGCCUAAGAAGACGGCCGCUGUUGGUCCGUCGAAGCCUUCGCCAACGAAGGAGGUGCUCGAUGGCGACAAAAGUGUGAUGCAAGACCCAGACAGGAAACUCGCAACGGGCAACAAGGGCACUGAGGGUGGAGUCUCCGCCAAAGACAAGGAGCGUCUGGCACACGAGGACAAGACUGGCGAGAAGCUUGAAAAGGUUCCCGAGUCGCCAAAAGAAGCACCACCACUACCACAUGACCAGAAACAGCUACAGGGCGAAGCUGUACCAUCGGACAGCAGUUCGCGUGCCGCCGGCGCAGCCGGUCUUGAGAAACCCACCAGCCUCCCUGAUAAACCUCACAACGUCCCACAUCCCAAGCCCGAUUCGCUGUCUGACAAAGACCCACUGGAUACGACGACAAAGCCGAAGACGCCCGCCUCGAAUCUCCCAGGCGACGAGGCAGGAGGUGUCAUACAGCCUUUUCACUCAUUUAUACUUUCCUUCACCAUGAUUAUCUUCUCGGAGAUCGGUGACAAGACAUUCCUUGUGGCCGCACUGAUGGCUAUGCGACACCCACGAUUACUCGUCUUCUCCGCCGCCUUCUCCGCACUCAUCGUCAUGACCGUCCUCUCUGCUGUCCUUGGCCACGCAGUUCCAUCGUUGCUCUCCGAGCGCUUUACACACUUCGCAGCGGCUGCAUUAUUUUUGGUUUUCGGCGUCAAGCUCGUGAGAGAGGGUCUUGCCAUGAGCCCCAGCGAUGGUGUGGGAGAAGAGAUGCGUGAGGUGGAGCAAGAACUUGAAGAGAAGGAACAGCUCGCGCGAGCAAAGAAUGGACACCGCAAGUCUUCCAUCUCACCAUAUGCACUCGAGGGCGGUCGAGGCGUGCGACGCUCAAGGUCGAACUCGAGACUUCCAGCCCCGGCCCGCAGCCCUUCUUCUUCACCAGAACGAGCAUUGCCCUCCGGCGGGUCGGGUGUUUCCAGUGCCCUAGGAGGACUCAACAAUCUCUUUUCCCUGCUCCUCAGCCCGGCGUGGGUGCAGACAUUUGUCAUGACCUUCCUUGGAGAAUGGGGCGACCGCAGCCAGAUUGCCACUGUAGCUAUGGCUGCAGGCUCUGACUACUGGUGGGUCACCGGAGGUGCUGUUGUUGGACAUGGUCUUUGUACAGCAGGAGCUGUGAUUGGUGGUCGCGCAAUUGCUGGGCGCAUCAGCAUGCGUAACGUCACUCUAGGUGGAGCCAUCGCCUUCCUUAUUUUCGGUGUUAUCUACCUGUUCGAGGCUUUCUACCACGAGUAA